CAUUCUACAGUAGAGUGAGCGACCCGGAUCUAGGGAACCACACCGUUCCGGGGCGCUCUUAAAACCUUUCUUAAUGCAACAAACUGCAAACUUUAGACUCGCGUACUAUUUGAAUAGAUUUUUUUUUAAGAAACUGUUCCGUCGUUGAAAGACAGCGUACUAAAGCGAAACACUAUAGGAUACUUUUGGUGGUUACAAAGUCGUUGUAGAACUUGUUUGGUGCUAGUCUUCACUGCACCUGACUUUUAACGUGCAACUCGGUAUCCCAAAAUGAUAUAAGUUUGUUUCGAAAAAGAAAACAUUUCUUGAGCUAUGAAUCGUUUUUCAAUUGUGGCUCCAAAGACAGAAUCAAUGGAUAAAUCAUUUUGGAAUACAAUUCACUUUUGUCGAAGGCUUUAGGAUAAACAAUGCUGGUACCAUUAUUUAGGUUACUGUGCUUCUCGCUUUGGAGCGAGGAUGUGAUAGCUCACAUUUACGGAGCGAACACAAAGACAACGAUAACUCCUCGAAAUUAUGAUACAGCUGGCAAAAACAGGAAUUUGCACAACACUACCAGUGGUGGCCGGAGAUGGUAUGAAGCUUACGAGCGUAUCAACGAAAAGAACAAUAGACGGGCGCAUGCUACAAGUGCAUCAUCUUGGAAUUCAAUGCGGACAUGGAUGAAUUACAUGAAUGCAUCUUAUGGUUUUAAAAGAGUUGUGGACGAACGAAAGACGUCCAAUGAAAUGGCACUCGUCCGCUUGCCCAAGGAUGGCAAUGACCGGUGGCGCACGGAGGAAAAGUUGAACACCAACAAGCUAACUGUCAUGAAAACGCACGGCGGUGGGCAUGGUGAUUUAAAGUUUUUAGCGAGGCAUAAGAGAGGGGGAGGUCACCGGAACAAGAAACGCAUUUGCAGAAACAAAAGAUGGGCCAUUUACCGUUUUAAACGAAACGAGAAGGAUGACAAGAUAAAGGAGAAGAAAAUAAGUCAGCCGUCCAACACCUCUGUGGAUGAACCACCAACCACGUGGGAAACACUACCCAAACCAAUGGCCCAAAAUCAGUCAAUAGACUUCCCAAUUGAUGACUAUGAGCAGUUUACAUUACCAGACGUAGGAGACAGCACACCGUUUGUUCCUAUGAAUACUAAAAUAAGACGGAAAGUAGUCAAAAACCCGUUCUACCCUGUAACAGCCGAAGCAUACGGCGCAUAUGCCAUUAUGAUCAUAUCAGCCAUAAUUUUCACAGUGGGAAUCAUCGGGAAUAUUGCAAUCAUGUGCAUAGUGUGUCACAACUAUUAUAUGAGAAGUAUCUCGAAUUCCCUCCUGGCCAAUCUAGCCCUGUGGGAUUUUGUCGUCAUCUUCUUCUGCUUGCCCCUGGUGAUAUUCCAUGAAUUGACCAAGGACUGGCUCUUGGGGGAAUUCUCCUGUAAAAUCAUCCCCUACAUUGAGGUGGCGUCCCUGGGGGUCACAACCUUCACCCUGUGCGCCUUGUGCAUCGACCGAUUCCGCGCCGCGUCCAACGUCCAGAUGUACUACGAGAUGAUUGAGAACUGCGCCUCCACCGGCGCCAAGCUGGCCGUCAUCUGGAUCGGCGCUCUCCUCCUGGCGCUGCCCGAACUGCUGAUCCGCCAGCUGGUCACGGAGGACGGCGACCCUCCCAGCAUGCAGCCCUGCGAGCGCUGCGUGGUGCGCAUCUCCACCCAGCUCCCCGACACGCUCUACGUGCUGGGCCUGACCUACGACGGCGCGCGCCUCUGGUGGUACUUUGGCUGCUACUUCUGCCUGCCAACGCUGUUCACCAUCGGGAGCUCCCUGGCGACAGCUCGGAAGAUCCGCCAGGCUGAGCGGGCGGUCGUGCGCGGCAACAAGAAGCAGAUCCAGCUGGAGAGCCAGAUGAACUGCACGGUGGUGGCGCUGGCCAUUCUGUAUGGCUUCUGCAUCAUCCCCGAGAACAUCUGCAACAUCGUCAGCGUCUACAUGGCUACCGGGGUUCCCAGGAGAACCCUGGAUAUUCUCCACCUGGUCAGCCAGCUGUUGCUGUUCUGCAAGUCGGCCGGCACGCCGGUUCUGCUGUUCUUCUUGUGCCAGCCGUUCAGCCGGGCCUUCCUGGACUGCUGCUGCUGCUGCUGUGAUGAGUGUGGGCCGCCCAGGACUUCGACGACCGCGACGACCAGCGACAACGAGAACGAGCAUGAGUGCACCACCACCGACCUGGAGCUGUCUCCCUUCAGCACCAUUCGGAGGGAGACGUCUCCUUACACGGCUGUGGGGACACACUGCUUUUAGGCACAUUGAAUUCUCAAAUGUACUUGGAGGUGGAAGUACCUUUUCAAGUUUGGGUUCACUAAAGAGCAGAGCUGUUGCCAUGCUCGAUCCUCUAUAUGUUUACAUAAAACACACACAAAUACACACAUUGUCACAUUGUAUACUGUAUAGUACAACUUGAAAUCUAGAAAUGAUAGCAAUUUUCUAUUAACUCACGUAUCACAUUUUUAUUUUUUACAAUUUUGCACUCAAUUCUUGCCGUAAUAUUGCGUUUGUGUUGUAUUUUUCCAUUUUCUUUUCUACCCAGAGUACAGUAUGUCAGAGUCAGAAGGAAAGUAAUAUAUUGUAAAUGGCUGCUCGUAGUGUGUUGUGUUUUGCUGAUGAUGGUGAUUCUUGUGAAUCGGUUCCAAGGUAUGCUUAGCUCCCUUGCUAUGUAAGUACUUUAUUAUCCACUGUAUUUGAUAGCAGAAAACUGUAUGAUACACUCCAGUUGGUCUGUACAGUCACUGGUGUGGUGUUUUUGUAGCCAGGAAUUGU